UUUGUGUACAUCGAGAGGGGGUGGGGUGGGGAGCUCUCUAAACUAAAGUGACUGCUCCUGUGUGUCAUGCGCGAACUAUUUCUAUUUCUGGCUAUAUCGUGUAAGAAGUUGCCAAUUGAUCUCAAUUUACAUUCAUUCAAUUAUUUAAUGAAAAUAGCUAUAAUUUCUAACCGAAUACUUUAUUAAUUGUCGCUUAUGCUUAAGAAUUGGGAAUUACUUCAAACGUGGAAUCUCUUGUUCUCACCAUUGUAAAUUAAAAUGAAACAAAUAAUAUUUAAACACUGGAUAUUUUCAACUUUGUAUGCAGCAUGUAUGGAGUUGUAGUAGAGUCACAUGAUUUUAAUGUACAUCCUCUACUUCAGGACCAAAGUAAGUUAUUUUUAACCCAAAUGAAGACAAUCUAUUUGAUGGCUGCUUGGUUAGCAGUCAGUUUAAUGAAGCAUGAAGUUGAAGGUCAGAGUUACAACAGUACUGUGGACAUCAUGAAGGACCUGAUAGAGAACGGAAACUACCACACAGAGGUGCGUCCACUCAAGGACCAGUCAAAGGUCAUGCGUGUGUUCGUAGACGUUGAACUGGUCUCCAUUGUGGGUAUCGAUGACGUGGCUCAGAGCUUCACAAUCAAUGGCUUUGUGAUCUUCAAUUGGCUGGACGAGAUUUUAGUUUGGGAUCCUAAGGAUUACGGCAACCAGACAUUGAUACAUCCAGUACCAGAAAAAAUUUGGAGACCACGGGUAUUUUUGUUGAAUACACUUGGAGACAGGGAUCUAUUUAAAGAUGAUGUAGCUCCAGCGAUGGUGACUAAUAGCGGAUAUGCUGGCUGGGUGCCUGGCAGCUUAAUCCCAGCAUCGUGUGAACUACAUUUAGAAGAUUACCCUUUUGAUCAGCAGACGUGUACCAUCAAUUUCGUGUCAAUGAGUCACAGUACGUUAGAACUUGUUUUUGUUGCCAACUCUCCGAAGAUACUUCUGGAUUUCUUCAUAAAACAUGGCGAAUGGGAGUUAAAAGAUACAAACUUAACCAUCAAAGAACUCGUGGCUGCCGGCUGGAAAGGUUCUACAAUAGAGUCUAGAGUGCUUGACUGUUGUCCUCUCCAGUUGAAGUUUGAACUCAAGCGACGCCCAACUUUCCUUCUCAUCAACAUCGUCUUACCAGUUGUCUUUUUAUCUUUCCUCAACAUUCUGGUCUUCAUCAUCCCGGCGGACUCAGGGGAGAAGAUCAGCUACGGUAUCACAGUACUUUUGGCUCUGUCUGUGUUUCUUAGCAUUGUGGGCAGUUUGCUGCCCAGGUCAGGGGAAGCGACUCCAAAGCUGACCAUCUACCUCUUCUUGCUUCUUAUUAUCUCCAUGCUGACGGUUAUUGACAGUAUUAUCAUUGUCUACCUGGCACACAAAGAUGAGCAAGAAACGAUGCACCGAAGAGCCAAAGAAAAUUUCCAGAGCGCCUUCUCCAAGACCCAGACAUUGACUAAAACAGUCUCCGUCAUGAGGAACAACAAGGUCCACGCUGACCUCGACAAGCGUCAGGAUCGUAUAAUGAUGCUGACUGAUGCCCUGAAACCGAGAAGUCCGUCUUUCGUUAAUGCUCAUGAAGAUGUGCACGACGCUAAGGAGAACAAGGGAGUCAACAAGUACAGACUUAUAGGGAAACACAUUGACUGUGUGUCUUUGAUCGUGUUUCUCAUUUUGUGGCUCUUAGUGACAUUGUCAUUUCUGUUCGAUAUGGCAUUUUAACAAGAAGUACUGGUGUAAAUAUUCAAAUGGAAAAAAAAGUUGAAUUAUAUAUAUAUUUUUUAAGCUAAACAUAAUGAUUUGUUAUAACUGUUUUACCCAUUUAGAGAUUUAUACUUUAAAGCCACUAAGAAAUAUUAAUGAUUGCUUCUCGGAACAACACACUAGAUAUGAAGUUAAAUAACGGCAAUAUUAACAGUCGAUAUCUUCAUAUUUACUGGGUUUUUUUUUUAGAUUAUUAAAUGGGACUUUCUGUCUGGAUGACUCCAUUUGACCUUCUUUGUGUAUGACUCCUGAAUGUUUUCAGCUAUAAAAAUGGCCAGUAUGUAUUUACUUUAUACAGAGUUUAAGUAACUCUGUAAAUUUGAACAGGAGGCCAUUUUGUUGGCCUAACCCUAACUAUUAUGUAAGAAAAUAUUCAUGAUGUUGGCAAUAGUUGUACAAUCUUUGAUGGUUGGUUUGCUAUCCACUUUCAGUGGGUACUUUUUAAUUGUAUUGUUUGAGGAGAUAUUCUUUAUGGUGAUUUCAGGUGUUAUUUUUUAAUUAUCUUGAAAAAGACUAACUCGAUUUGUGACAAUAUUUGUUAUCCCCAUGGCCAUUGCCUGUAUGACUUGAAACUAUGGAGGUCAACUGUAUCUGUUGUCAAGAAGGUCAAGAUUUAUAUGACUGAAAAAGUACAGAGCAAGUACAUCUUCACGAGCAAGAAGCUAUGGAUGAGUGUUAAUGCUAUUGCCUAUAAACCUGUCAUUUUUACAUCAUUGAAGAGAGGCAGUCGCUGCUGUUUCCGUCACGCCAUGAAGUCUUGUUGUUCAGCUCUUUGUUAAAGUAUUUGAAAAUUAUAUAGAUUCAUUCUCAUUCCUGUAGUAACUACUAUUGUUUGAUGUUCUAUUUCAUGUAAAUAAACAAUUUAUGUUAUGUUAAUAGAAA